GCGGCGAAGAUGGCGGCCUCCAGCUGGGCGCGCACGGCUGUAGUCCUGCUUUUUGCCUCUGACAUCCUGCUGCUGGUUCUGCUGCCGCCGGCUGGGGACUGCGCGACCGACGGCCCGGCCGGAACGCCCGGCGAGGCUACCCCACCUCCCCGGAAGAAGAAGAAGGAUAUUCGCGACUACAAUGAUGCGGACAUGGCGCGUCUUCUGGAACAGUGGGAGAAAGAUGAUGACAUAGAAGAAGGAGAUCUGCCAGAGCACAAGAGACCCCCAGCACCUGUUGACUUCUCACAGAUAGACCCGGGCAAGCCUGAAAGCAUAUUGAAAAUGACGAAAAAAGGGAAGACUCUCAUGAUGUUUGUCACUGUAUCAGGAAACCCCACUGAGAAAGAGACGGAGGAAAUCACAAGCCUGUGGCAGGGCAGUCUUUUCAAUGCCAACUAUGACGUCCAGAGGUUCAUUGUGGGAUCAGACCGUGCUAUCUUCAUGCUUCGUGAUGGGAGCUACGCCUGGGAGAUUAAGGACUUCUUGGUCAGUCAGGACAGGUGUGCUGAUGUAACUCUGGAAGGACAGGUGUACCCUGGCAAAGGAGGAGGAAGCCAAGAGAAGAAUAAAACAAAGCAAGAGAAGGUUAAAAAGAAGAAGGAAGGAGAUCCGAAAUCUCGGGCUUCUAAGGAGGACAAUCGAGCUAGGAAUAAAAGAGAAGACCUGUAAUGGGGCAGCUGAGACUCUCUGUGGAGGAGCAGAUAGGACAUGGGGAGCUCCUUCGUGGAGUAGGGGCAGGCACAGAAAACUGCACACUGGAUGACAUUCUAGUUUCUUCUAGAAAGGGUCUGCCACAUGACCAGUUCAUUGUCAGUAUAAGAACUGGUCAUUAUAAAAAUUACUGCUUAAAAGUCUUCAAGUAAGAAGACAGAGGUUUUCUAGUUAAUUAUUGGACACUGACAAAUUCAUGUUUACUGUAAAAUCACCUUACAUGGAAACUUGACUGUGUUGCUUUUUCCCAUUUAAGUUUGAUGAGUCAUUGGUUCUCCUGAGGUACCACUCCCUCUUCAUUGCACCUGCUCUGAUUGGGUGGCCUGCUGUGUCCGUGCUUGUCAUUUUCUGUUAACUAAAAGGAUAGCAGGUUCUAAUCAGACAAGUUUUUAAAACUCUUGACUUAACAGAAUCAUAGCCUUCAUGCUGCAUACAUUUUCAUUGCUGUGAAGGUAAAACAUGCUAUGGGAGCCCUGAAGCAAGCUCUGAUAUCUAAAUAUAUAACAGGAAGCCAGGAUGUGGAAAUCCAAAAUCUGUGCAGGAAAUGCAGAAAACAGAAAAUAAUGUUAUUUGGAAAUCCUGAGUAUUUACUAUUCUGAAUUUCUUUGACUUGAAUCCCACUCAGUUAAAAAGAACUCUCAAUAUCAGGUUUUAUGUGAUCUGUAAAGGUGUGUAAGUAGGGAAUCAGCAGAAUUCAUUGCAGGGUGUGGCAGAAGACUCAACCUCAUUUACUUCUAAACAUUUUCCUUUGAUAAAGUGCCUAAAUUUGUGGUGUUUUUGUAUGGUACUAACAUGAAGCACUACUGUUAAUGUCUGGUUUUCCUAUUCAUAUGUUGGAGGCUACUCUGAAUAAGAGUUACAUUUGUAUACAAGCGUCAUUUUUUAAGAACUAAAAUUCUUAAAUUGAAAGAACCUCAAUUGUGAUUUUAAAAAAUUAAAAAUAGCACAUGUACAUGGUAGAAAAUGUCAAUGUUAAAGAAUGGUACAAAGUGAAAAAAGUAUAUAUAUUCCUACCCAGCUGCCAGUACCUUGUCCCAGUGGAAGUAACUGUUAACAAUUUGCUUUAAAAAAAAAAAAAAAAGUACAUGUACCAGUUUAUAGUGAUGUGUGUUUGUUUUGGCCACUAGCAUCUGUUUCCCCUUAUUUUGGUAACCACUGAAAUUUCCCUCUAAUGAACCACACCCUCUGCCUUCUCAGUUCUGCUUUGGAUGGAUAUUUGCCCUCAGCCUCCCAACUUCCAGGGAAACCUAUCCCAGGUCGAGUUUGCUGGGGCUGCCUCAGGAGAGAGCGCUUCUUGUUUCUCAUGUGAACUGAACCUGGGAGGAUGUGAGGGUGGAGCUGCUGCAGACUCUUGCCCCUGGAGAGGAGAGCUGUGGCGGGGAGAGAGCGCCACACCCUGGUGGUGGUGGUGUCUUGUCCCUGAAUCCAGCCACAUCUGAAACAAGCCCUGUCCCUAGGUUUUUUCUGUUUUUACUUAGAGCAAUUUGUUGGAUUUCUGUCAUGUGUAGACAUAAUGGUCCAGUAUACAGCAAUUGUCUUGAUUAGAUAACUUUUAAUUAAACAAAAGGGAGCAGAGGCUUCACACUGCCCUGUACCUCAUGUUUCCACUUAGAAGCCUUUUCCAUAUCAGCAUGUACAGAUCUAGCUCAUGGCUUCCUUUGUAGUGUCCACCACUUCAGCCAGCAUUUAUUGAGCACCUCUUAUGUACCAGGUACCAAAAGGUGCCAGGGAGUGUAUAUUUAGCCCCAGCUAUUAUGAAACUCGGUGAUUUGGUGGGGGAAAGACAAAUACUAGUGACAUACAGAGUAAAAUGGCACCUGUUGGAAGUAUGAAAGAAGUACAGAGUAUUAAGAGGCAGGGCAGGGGGUGGGCUGAAUCUUAGAAUGUUGGGAUGGUCAGAGAGACCCCCCCCACCCGAAUCCCGCCCUGUCUACCCCACAGGAGGAAGAAAGAAGCAUGGAGUAAUACAGGCAAAGGAAAUUGUCCAUGCAAAGGCCCUGUGGCUGGAAGUAGCAGAGGAGGGGCUGCAGGAAGGCCAGUGAGGAGGUUGGGGCACAGUGCAGAACGGGGCUCCAGAGGUAAGGGAUGUAUGGGGUCUUAUAGCAAUUCGGAAAGCCCUGAAGGAUUUUAAGCUGCAGGGGGUUGACUAUGAAAGACAAUCCAAUUUGCUCUGGCUGCUUGGAAGAAUUGAUUGGAAGGGGCACCACUGGGUGUGAGACAUGAGUUGCAAGGGCAUUUCAGGCCCAGAUUAGCAGGGCGUUGGUGAGGUUUGAACCUGCACAGUCCCUACUGACGGACACUCAAGUUUUUAGUUUUUUCUAGUGUAUUCAAUGCUGCGAUGGAUGUUUUUGUCCAAAUUAUUUUGGUGAGCUUUUGUUUAUAUCUGAAGGGCAAAUUCCUAGCAAUGGAAUUGUUAAAACAAACAAAUUUAACAUUUUGGUCUGUAUUGCCAAAUUGGUAUUCCAAGUGGUUUUGUCAGCUUACCCUUGACAGCAGAUCUUGUGUGCUUGCCAGCACUGGUCAUUAUAUUUGCCAACUUAAUAGAUUUAAAAAUCAUAUCAAUUGGCUACCCUUAAGCCAUUGUACUGGAGAGGCCAUGGGCAGUUCAUGGAGAGAGAGAUCCUUAGGGAACCCCACCUGUACCUGUCCCAGCUAAGAAUCUUCCCAGCCCAGGCACAGACAUGUCAGUGAGUGAGAUUUAAAUGUUCCCAGCCCCAGCCUUCAAGCCACCCCAGUGGAUUCUGAGGGGAGCAGAGAUGAACUGUUCCUCAAAGCUUUGCCCAGGGCAGAUUCACGAGCAGGAAGAAUGUUAUGUGUUUAAUGAUUUGUCUUCAUUUCUUUUCAUAUUUGUUUUAAUGUCUUGUAAACUAAUAAAUUUGGAUGAUUUCUUUUCA